UUAAAUUUCUCUGAGCAAAGGAGUAAAAUCAGGUUAGAGUCUACUUUGACAGAAAAUCUUAGGAAAUCAUUGCAGUCGUGCAAAGCUAGUGAGAACCAGGAAAAGCUCGAAGGACUUGCUGUGUUUUUUAGAAAAAACACUGUCAAAACUCGAAUUUUGGAAGGUUUGUUGUACAUUCUUAGACAGCUUUUGGCAUCGUAUGAUGGAUCUAAAGCAUUUGGAUAUCUCCGGUUUAAUGACGCCUAUGGUAUAUUUUGUGGUUUCAUGGAAAGAGAAGUAGAGGAUAAGGAAUUUCGAAAUCACCUUUUGCAUGAGGAAUAUGGACUGUGUGUUUAUGUGAUAAAAGUGCUUGAUAAUAGCUACAUUAUUCUGCAAAAUGAUACUGUAGCUAUAGGCAAGUUUCUCUUGGAACUUGACCAACUUCUGUCAAAAGAUAAGGCGGAUAACUUUUCAAGAUUUGAUUUGAAUGUGGAGUCAUUAAAGAGAGUAUUACAGUCUAUGGAUACAGAAUAUGAAAAAUCUGUUUUGAAAGCCAUGAUUUUUGCUACAGCUUCAAGGAAGAAGGUUCAAGAACUAGGCAUUAAGCCAGACAAUGCUGUUAAGUUGCUCAAUAAAGUUGUAACUGCAUCAACUGAUUGUGAAAGAGCUAAUGAAGCAGCAGAGGACAUUCUAAAACUACGAGAUGGAGAGAAAUUAAAAGUAAUUGAUGAAAAGAUAACAGCUAUUGACAAAAUCCUAAGCAGAAGAGAAAGCUUGAUUUCUGAAAGGAAAAAAGCGGAUCUCAUUGCAGAAAAGUCAAGCCUUGAAGACAGAAAAGAAGGCAUACAGAAAGACCUGCAACAAAGUGACCCUCAGAGUCUUAGAAGACUGCAACAAAGGAAGCGAAGAUUAGCCAAAACACUUAUCGAUAAGAACAGAGUGAAAAGACGAAAACUCGGUGCAGGGGCAAAGAAGUCAUUGGAUACUGAAGAUGAAGAAUUCAUAGCACGUUCUAUAGAAGAAACAAGCACAGCACAUGGUAGACGUCAUGAUACUGUACUUUACAGCCAUCAUCACGUUAAGAAGUGCCACUUUUUGUCAUUAGCUAACUAUAACUUACACAGGCGUGGUAAAAAGCUGAUCAAAUCGGCUACAACUGUACUUAACAGAAGUAGACCAAAAAAUAUAAAUUCCAGGGCAGCAAAGGCACAUCGUGGGAAGUCUCUAUUUUGUUCCAAAAAGCCCCCUAAGACUGAAACUGAACUAGGUCUAGCAACCCAUCAUCAAAGGGCACAUAUUCGCAAUUGUAAGCUUGACAUGUUCAAAGAAGAGAAUAGGGCUAGAAGUCUAAUGAUCAGUUUUGAUGACAAAAAUUAA